AUGGUGGUUAAUGGAGGCGGAGACACUAGGGUUCCUGAGAAUAUUGGUAUUUCUAAUACUGAUAAUGCGACUGAUGUUCUCUCGGAUAAGGAGGAUGAUGAGGAGAAAGAUGAGCUUUGCCCUGAGAUUUGGUUGUCUAGGGAAAAGAAAGAGAGGUUGUAUAAGCCAUGGUCUCGUUCCUUGUUGACCAAGUUAAUGGGAAAAAUAAUAUGUUAUACCUAUUUGUUGCGGAGGAUCAAGGAGCUGUGGAAACCUACUUCCCCAAUAGAUAUUAUCUCUAUUGAGAAUGGGUUUUACUUGGUGAAAUUCAACAGUGCUGAUGAUUAUGAACAUGCACUCCUAGAGGGACCUUGGGUUAUCGCAGACCAUUAUUUGACUAUUAGCAGAUGGUGCUCGGAAUUUGAUCCUUUCCAAGCAACUUUUGAGAAGCUUACAGUAUGGAUUCGGUUUCCUUGCCUCCCGAUAGAAUAUUAUGAUGAGAACUUCCUUAUGAGAGUGGGAGCUAAGGUGGGUAAACCAAUAAGGGUGGAUACAAGGACGAGUUUGGUUUCUAGAGGCCGGUUCGCUAGGAUGUGUGUUGAAGUUGAUCUUUCUAAACCUCUUCUUUCGAAAUUCAAACUGCAAAAACGUAUUAGAAAGAUUGAGUAUGAGGGUCUGCACAUGAUUUGUUUCAAAUGUGGGAGAUUUGGUCAUGUUGCUGAUCAUUGUCCGGCGAAGACUCAUAGUAGCAACCCUGACGUGCCGGUGACGGUGACUGUGGUUAACGAUGAGGGUGUUGACGCGAGAUUCAAGGAUGUUAAUCCGAAAAUUUUGGAAGAUUUUGGCGAAUGGAUGAUGGUCCGGAAGGAAAGAAAGCGUAAUCCUAGGGGACAAGGAAGGCAACAAAAUAAUCAAGAUAAUGCCAAACAAUGA